AUGUCUGUGCACAAUGAGUUUUUCUCUUUAACCCACAAGAAGAUUUGCUUGCAACUAUUGGACACUUUGGCCGAACAUUUGCUGGCAAUAAUGACCAAAGAUUUUAAUAGCGUGGACAAAGCGUCAACUCAAUACUCGCAGCCGACACAGACUCAAGAGGCGUUAGGAAAUGAUUCACUGCAGUUACUAGAACUUUGCUAUCUAUUUGCAAGAAAGGCUACAAUUGUAUAUCCUUCACACGCGCUGUGUAAACUACUCCAAUGGAUCGUGGACAGCGUCGCGAUGUCUGCGUUACAACAUGGCUGUGAGAGUGAUACAGGGAUCAAGCUGCAGCUUCUUGUACUUGCAGAACUGAUCAAGACCAGCGCAGGUGCUCGUAUUUACGUGAAGGAGAUGAAGAAGAUCAAGGAGCUUUAUCGGUCAUUGACAACUCUGCUCAACUGUACUGAGGACCCGGAGCUGUUGGUGUUUAGCAUGGCCAUUCUAGCGCGUCUUGUACUAUCUGAGCCCAUCGGCAGCAAGCUAUUUUGUGGAAAGAAUGCAGAUCAAGUAUUGUCGCUGAUCUUUUCUGUACUAGAUGGCUCCCAGUAUGAUAAUAUUGAUGAACGAAUGUCGGAUUCGACCACGAUCCUUGAUCGGCGAUCCUUGCUGCAGCUGGUCAGUGUUGACCUUCUCUGUGACCUUGCUAACCGCCAAGAAGUGUUGGAGCUACUAGAAAAGUACCCGAAGUUUGCGCCAACGCUUGAAAAUUGUUUCAUGACGAUUAAUCUGAAUGGUGAUACAGAGCAGAUCCUGGUUGCUGCGCAUUUCUUAUCCUCGAUCGUCCUCAGUCACCUAUUUUUGAAACAGCUGAUCAAAAGCUUAUCUGAUCAAGACGUCUUGUAUCGUGUACUACAAGCAACACUUCAUCCGUCCAAACUUGCUGCCACUGUCACUGCACAACUAAUUUUGAAGGUGAUUAGCAACGAUGUCCGUUCUCUUUCAGUCAUUUUCGACUCUUUGGCAAGUCCAGAGCGGCUGAACCCUAUAGUCGUUGGGAUGAUGCGCUGCGCAAGUGAUGUGAUUUCAUUAGUGCAAGAUGCGGACGAUAAUGAGGUACUGAGCAACUCCGACGAUUAUCUUCAUGCCGUAGAGGUGUGUCAUCUACUUUUCAAAUUGAGUGAGCUGCCAGCAAUACGCUCAUUGUGCGCUACAGCUAUCAGUUUGAACCAGAUUGCAACGCUGAUACAAGUAGAGUCUGCGUUGAUUGGCAAUAUUGAUCCACAAGACUUGACAUGCUUUCACCCUUACCUGUCAAUUCACCUUGUGAAUCUCUUCUCAAGUAUAAUGUCCGACGAUAAUAUGCCCGACAAAAGAAAACGCACGUUGAGUCAAUUUCUUCAAACGUCUGAAGUGGCGUUGGUUCUGGGUGCUGCGCUAUUUAGUUGCGCCAAAGAUAUUGUUAUUGAGACACUUUUGCUGCUCACAAAGUUGCUUGCCAGUUCCGAGAGCAAACAGUUUCAUGUUUUCGGGUUGGCUGAAGCAAUAGUUUGCUAUAGUCAGCGCGCUGGAGAUGCAAGCGAUAGCUUACAAUCACGGAUGUUUUCGCUUCAAGCGAAUGCGGAAGUCAGUACAAAGACGGUUGAAAAGCUGGAGAACAAAAUGCAGCAAUUGCUGCACUUACAAGUGGAACUCAAAGCACAGCAAGACCAAGCAAUUAAAGACAUUCAAGUCAAGUUUGCCGAGCAGUUAAGGCAAAAAGAAGAUUCAAUGCUGAAAAUGUGUGACACGUACGAAGCGAAAAUCCGCGAAAUGACACUGCAAUGCGAAACGAUGGGGACGCAUAUGAACAAGAACAUCAGUGCCUUACAGCACCGUGAUGCGCUUCUUGAAGAAAUCCGUAUUAAGCGUGAAAUUUUGGAAGAUGAGAAUAAUGAGCUGGACCGUAAAGUGAGAGGUUUAGAAACUGCGCUUGAAGAGAUUACCCGAACUCAUUCGGUCGCUAUGGAGGAGAUUAGGCUUCGAGACAAGGAGUUGGAAGAUGUACGUGGAGAAAUUGCGACAAUUUUUGGAGAUUACACAGCCCAGCGAGAAGAGCUUGAGGCGGCUCAUGAUGAAACGAAGCGACUGGAAGAUGAGUUACGCGAGCAAAAGCUUUCAAGUGAGAAUACGUACAAGGAAUUGGUGUUGCUAGCAAAAGCUCAUAAAGCUCUUGUUGAUGAUAAGAAGAUAUGCGAGAACGAAGUGGAUGCUGUCCGAGACAGAUUGGCAACCCUCGAGUCAUUGAAUAUCUCCAUUCAGUCACAGCUGCAAGAAAAGAAUGAGCUUGCUGAUCAGCUGGAGCGAAGGAUGACAUGGCUCGAUGACGCUGUUACUGCUAGCAAGAAUGCGCUGGAGGUCGAGCGGGAAAAGCACCGAGCUAUUGUCCGAGACCUUGGCGAUCUCAGGAAUGCACACCGCAAACUUGAAAGUGAUAUGGCAAUGCUCGAAAUUCAAGCAGCUGAGCAGCGACUGGUAGUUGAGACGAAGGACGAGCACUUGCACAAGUAUAAAGAAGAGAUUCGAUACCUGACAAAAGAGGUCGGGAAACAAGCAAAGCUCCAGGCUUUGAUCCAUCAGCUGAGCUCCGGUGCUGAUAACAACGUAAAGAUCGGUGAUGGCUCGUCAUAUCUUGCGCAUGCAAGUUAA